AUGCCAAACACAGUUGCCGCAACAAAUUUUCUGAUAAAGCUGAAUGAUCUGCAUCCCAAUCUUAGUUUUACUAUGGAGUUGCCUGUCGACAACAAAAUAUUGUUUGUUGGCAUGGAAAUAAGAAGAGAUGGAUCGAAAAUCGAAACUCAAAAGGUUGUCAACAACAUCUUGAAUAAUGAGAGUCGAAGUGGAGAUACUCCUGACGAAAUCAGCAUUGUAAGAAUUAGUCUGCGCUUCAACGAUCAAACCGCAGCUAAUGCAGUUAGAAAGCAAAUGGUUGAUCUGAGUCGAAAAGUUGGUGUUCGUAUACAACCAGUGUUUACGAGCAGAAAAUUGGAACAGCAAUUAAAACCGAGGGAAGUGAAAGCGCCAAUCGUAAAUCAGCAAUGCGUUGUGUAUAAAUUUCAAUGUGAUCUGUGUGAUGUAGAUUAUAUCGACUAUACAGCGCAACAUCUCCACCAACGCAUCGCUGAGCAUAAAUCAUCAACCAUUGGCAAACACUUUUACGAGGCUCAUGGGAGUAAGGACUUGCUUAAUGCAAGCCAUUUUGAAGUUUUAAGAAAAUGCCAGAACAAAUUUGAUUGUCUUAUAUAUGAAAUGCUUUAUAUUAAAGAAUGUCAUCCUACUUUAAAUAUUCAAAGUGACUCCAUCCGUGCAAAACUCUUUGUAUAGGACUGUUGUCAUUUUAUUCGUAUUAAUUAUUCUAUUGUCGUAACUUAGUAUUUA